CAUUGGAAUGGCUUGUGGACAUGACAAUGCUCAUUACAAAUUUGAGUACGGCGUCAAUGAUCCCCACACCCACGACCACAAAUCGCAGUAUGAACACAGACACGGACCCCAUGUUACCGGUGGAUACACUUUGAAGGAAGCUGAUGGAACUCACCGUAUUGUGAAGUACACAUCUGGUCCUUACACUGGUUUCGAGGCUGUCGUUGAACGAGUUGGUCAUGCUCAACAUCCAGCUCAUUACGGACAUGGUCAUGGACAUGGGCAUGGACAUGGAGGAGUCGGAGGAACCAGCUAUGUUGGAGUUACACACUGGAGCAACCAAGGUCAUGAUGGACAUGGGUAUUAAUUUGAUGAUUUUGUGAUUGUUUUCGUUAUUGUAUGUAAUAAAUUGAGAUUU